AUGGGAAAGUUGGGAUUUUGCAGAAAGUGGAUUGACUUAAUCAUGAGAAGUGUCUCAACAGUGAGCUACUCAGUUUUAAUUAAUGGGAAGCCUGGGUCAAAUUUCUAUCCUAGAAGGGGGAUUGAGGUAGGGGACACGUUGUCCCCAUAUUUGUUCAUCCUAUGUGCUGAGGGUCUUAGUUCAGUACUGAACCAGUCAGAUAGAAGGGGUUGUACGAGAGGAGUAACUGUAGCCAGAAAUGGAACUAGAGUGAAUCAUUUGCUUUUUGCAGAUGAUUGCAUUCUGUUUGUAAGAGCUAAAGCAGAAGAAUGGGUGAAAAUUCAAGAGUUGCUUUUGAAAUAUGAAAAGGAUUCAAGCCAAUUCCUUAAUAAGGAAAAGACAGCAGUGUUCUCCAAUACAAAUGCAAGAUUAGAAGAAAAAAAGAAGAUAAUGGAGCUAGGUGAAAUUUGGGAAAAACUUGGUAGACCAAAGGGGAGAGGAGGGCUAGGCUUUCAAUACUUAGAGAGUUUCAAUUCGGCACUGCUAGCCAAACAAGGCUGGAGGUUCUUACAGAAUCCAAGGAGUCUGGUGCCAAAAAUCUUCAAGGAAAAGUAUUAUAGAUCAUGUUCCUUACUUGAGGCUAAGUUAGGCCACAGACCAUCUUAUAUUUGGAGAAGUGUAUGGGGAGCACUAGAGUUGCUGCAGGAAGGACUGAGGUGGAGGGUUGGGAAUGGCAGGAGCAUAAGAAUAUGGAGGCAUAAGUGGCUACCAACACCAUCAUCAUUCUGUGUACAAGCUCCCAUUUCUGCACUAGAUGCAAGAGCAAGAGUCAGUGAACUGAUUUCUAAUGGUGAAUGGGAUGUAGAGCUGAUUAAAAGUAUUUUCAGACAAGAGGAGGUGGAGCAGAUUUGUAGUAUCCCAAUCAGUAAGUCGAAUGCUGAUGAUAGAUUGAUAUGGGGGUGCACAAAAACUAGACUUUUCAUUGUUAAAAGUGCUUACCAACUGGAUAUGAGCAGAAAGGAAGCAGUAAAGGGUGAAAACUCAGAGAGAAUAGAAGGGGAUAAGAGAUGGAUAACUGACAAUUCAAAGUGCCCUAUUUGCAAGGUUGAUGAGGAAACAGUGAGUCAUGCACUUUGGUCAUGUCCAGCAGCAGCUGAUGUUUGGGUUGAAUCAAUAAAGGUGACACAAAAAUGGAAAUCUGAUGAAACUAACCUUUUAGUAUUUUGGGAGAAAAUGAUGGAAAGGGCUAGCAGAGAAGAGCUAGAAGAGAUUGUAAUGGUGAUGAGAAGUAUAUGGAGGGAUGUGAGGUGGAGCAGACCAAAAGAGCUAUCUGUCAAGGCAAAUUGGGAUGCGGCUAUUGAUAAAAAAGAAAGAAAGGUGGGCAUUGGGGUGGUUAUCAGUGAUGAGGAAGGGGAGAUCUUGGUAGCAGCUGGAGAACAUAUGAGGUAUGCGAUAGAUGCUGUAAUAGCUGAGAGUUUUGCUUUAAGGAAGGCUAUGGAAGUGUGUCGUGAUUUCAAUUUUAACAAUGUAUUGUUUGAAGGUGAUGCACAAAACAUAGUGAAUGCUGUCAAUGCAGAGACAAAGGAUAUGACCAGGUAUGGUAGUGUCAUUGAAGAUGUGAAGUGUCUAUUAAAGGGCAGAGAAAAGUGGAGUGUGAGAUUCAUAUACAGAGAGGCAAACAAGGCUUCACAUGUAUUAGCUAGAGAGGCAUUACAAUUUCAAUCUAAGAUUGUUUGGAUAGAGGAUGCUCCAGAUUGUAUAAGGAGUAUCAUAGUUAAGGAAAAGUCUUGUAGUGAAAAUAUAGUUCAAUGA